AUGGAGGUGUUCGGUGGAAAUGAGAUCAAAAUAACAAAGGCUGGCCAAAGGUAUCUAGGCGCAGCAAUCGGCACGGUGGACUUCAAAACCGAUCAUGGAAUGGGAAAGAGGCGACGACGACAAAGACGACAAAGUGACAACGACAAAGGUGACGCCGACAAAGGCGACGACAAAGACGACAACCGUGACAACGGCGAUAAAUGUGACAACCGCGACAACAGCGAUAAAUGUGACAACAGCGACGACAAGGGCGACAACAACGACGACAAAGGCGACAAAAAUAACGACAAAGGCGACAACGACAAGUGUGACAGCAACAACAAAGACGACGACAACGACGACGACGAGAAAGGCGACAACAACGACGGCAGUGAAAACGAUAAAUGCCUAGUACGGCGACUUCAAAGGCGACAAGACGACAUAGGCGACACAAAAAAUGGUUAUGACAAGAGCACCAUAGAGGUGAAAAUGUUCCCUCAACUCCUCAGGUACACAGCUGAAGCUAAUUGGCUCAGAAUGACGUUUACACCCGAUAAUACUCCUGUAACACAACCAGGAUCUAGACAAACUCUGUCCACGCCCUUCGCCUCAAGUCACGCAGCCUUCCCUAAUAACCUUCCCGUAUACAAGAACAAGUGUGGCCACCAGAUGCCUCCGUCACCGUCGCCGGGGUCGUUCUUGGUACAACAAGAUCCGCAUGAAUCCACCACUUUAAAGCACUUUGAGAGUCGCAAUAUAUCGGGGGUGAAAGAAAGAGAAGAAACACGAGACACAGAACAAAAUGAAAAAAACCGGGAGAAAGAAAAUGGAACAGAGAAUGGAGAGGGCAGGAGAUGA